GAUGACUUUUAUAUGAUUGGUUGUUUAAAUGCGUUCUCAAGCACCUCUAUCAAUGAAUUCAAUGAAGAAUCUGAUUGGCCAGUUUUAUCAGACAGACCAUUCAGAUUCUCUGUUGAGUCCAUUGAGAAAGGUGCUUGA